AUGAACGCAUCUCGAUUAAUACCGCUGCGGCGCAUGCCUCUGGCGCCGCUCUCUAUCAGCCAGCGACGGCUUUACGCGUCCAAGGCGCCCAAUCCAGCUUCACAAUUCUAUAAGACGUUCACUCGCCCCGUCGCGAAGGUUCUCCUCAUAGCUGUGUUUACGUACCAACUCAUCUAUUGGUCCUGGGUCAAGCUUGAUACCGAGGAGACAAAGGCACAAGCGGACGCUACGAUUGCAGGUCUCGAGGCUCAAGUGGACGAAUACAAGAAGAAGGUGCUCGCAGAAGCCAAGUCCAAGAGCUCAUGA